UGUCACUGUCAGUUGCGACAGCUGGAAAGGGGUUAAGUAAAGUUACAUAAAAUAGAGAAAAGGCAGAGGUUUAAAAAGUAUAUGUGUUUUUCUUAAUACCCUCAGUAUGUCUACCUUUGUAAGAGUCGGCUUUGGCAGAGUUAACCAAGGCUUAUGUAAUGUGUUAAACAAAACCCAAAAUGUAACUUUAAUUCGAGCAAUUUCUAGUAAGAAUACAAGAAGUGCUGAAGAGCGAUCACCCAAACCAGCCCCAUGGCCGUAUCAAGAGAAAGGAUUCAAUUUGUUUAAUUAUUUGUAUGAUAAGACAACUGCGAGAUUAGAUGAAAAUUCUAAGAUAAUAGUUGUUGAGGGCCCACCAGCCGCAGGCAAAUCAAAGCUUGCAAAGCAAUUAGCAGCAGAAUUUGAAAUGUUAUAUUUACCUGAGGCUAAUUUAGACAUGGAAUAUAUUAACAGCUAUGGCUUUGAUUUAAGAAAGCUUGAUUCUGAGAUACCAGAAAGCUGUAGGAGUUGGGAUGUUAUGGAUUUCUUGAAGAAUCCUAAACAUAGGCAUACUCUUAGGUUCCAGAUGCAACAGUAUCAAGUAAAACUUUCCCAGUAUGUUGACGCAUUGGCACAUGUAUUGAGUACUGGCCAGGGAGUCAUACUGGACAGAUGCGUCUAUUCAGACUUUGUAUUUACUGAGGCCAUGUUUAGUCAAAAUUAUUUACACAAACUUGCUCGUAAAACUUACUACGAACUCCGUGAUAAUACGAUUGGUGAACUGUUAAGACCGCAUUUAGUUAUUUACUUGGAUACGCCUGUACCUAAAGUUAUAGAGAACAUUAAGAAACGCGCCAUCAGUUAUGAAAAGGAUUCUACAGUGUUGACUCCUCAAUAUUUGGGAGUUAUUGAGAAACAAUACAAACAAAAUUACUUGAAGGAUAUCAGUAAACAUGCCGAAUUAUUGGUGUAUGAUUGGUCUGAGGAAGGCGACGUAGAAAUUGUUGUUGAAGAUAUUGAAAGAAUUGAUUUCAACAGAUAUGAUGAGCAGGACUCAUAUAUGAAGGAUUGGGUGUACAGAUUAGAGGAAGAAUGGGCAGUCUUACGACACAAAUACGCCGAUAAAAAAGAUCCAGAAAUUAUGGCUUAUUGCAAUAUUCCUGCAUAUAAUGUUCCCGAACUGGUUAUCGAGGCUGAGGACGCUGAUAAAUACCAUAAGGCUAUGGCUGAGGCGCCUGGACAAGAGUACGAAAUUGGAUACAAUGCGGCUUUAGGAGACACCGGUUUGUUGUUUAAAAUGAGGAGUCCUCACCGUGAAACUUUACCAUUAAGAGAAAGAAGGACCGUCUAAACAGAUGUUGCUUGUAUUCAUUGUAUAUACAAAAUAUAGAUAAUUUAAAAUAAAAUUAUUUACAAAAGUA